AUGAUGACCAUUCGAUUUGUGCCUUUUUUGCUGACCAUAUGGCUGCUCCAAUUUACUCCAGCACAAGUUUGUGGACAACCAGUGAACUCUCCACGGAUUGUUGGCGGACAAGCAUCCUCAGAUGGGGCAUGGCCCUGGCAAGUCAGUGUUCUACAGUCUGGCUAUCACAUUUGUGGAGGCUCUCUCAUAGACAAGGAGUGGGUGUUGUCGGCAGCUCAUUGCUUCUAUGACGCACUAUUCCCUGGCCAAUAUAAUCUGGUAUUUGGUGCCUAUCAGCUCUUAAACCUCUCCAACAAUGUGGACAUCACCUAUGUGAGAAACAUUAUCCUCCAUCCUGCCUACAAUGGUAAAGCUGGCUCCAGAGGGGAUAUCGCUUUAAUUCAACUCCUGUCUCCUGUGAAUUUCACCAACAACAUCCUCCCAGUUUGUCUGCCAGAAUCAUCUGCAAACUUCUAUACAAACAACAAUUGCUGGGUCACUGGAUGGGGACAUAUACAGUCUGGAGUGGCAUUAGAAAAGCCAUGGACCCUCCAGGAAGUGAAUGUGCCCCUCAUCAACCAAGGAAUCUGCAACAUACUUUAUAAUAGUGCUCCAGUUGAACAUAUGACCUGGAAUCCCAUCAAGCCUGAUAUGUUCUGCGCUGGUUAUGCAGAAGGUGGUAAGGAUUCCUGCCAGGGUGACUCCGGGGGACCUUUGGUUUGCAAAGUUCAAGAAGGAUGGACCCAGGCUGGGAUUGUGAGUUGGGGAAUAGGCUGUGGCCAGCGCUACCACCCUGGUGUCUACACUUCAGUGUCUUACUAUGCCAACUGGAUUGAUGAUAUAAUGCAUGGUAGAAAUACAAAUAGUGGUUCAGAAAAUGAUGGACCAGAAAAUAAUGGGUCACAAAACAUACCUCUUGUAGCCAUCUUUAUUCUUACUCCCUUGCUGGCCCUCUUGAUCAUGGAAGCUAAAGCAGGGGAGACCAUGACAAUUGUACCUUCUCAGCUGGUGGUGUGGCUGCUGCAGCUCAUGAUACUACAAGGCGCUGUUAGUGCAGAAACAGCCUGUGGGGAGCCAGUGACUUCUCCACGAAUUGUCGGAGGGCAACCAGCUAACAAUGGCGAAUGGCCCUGGCAGGUCGGCAUUUACAUAAAUGGUGCCCAGGCUUGUGGAGGCUCCCUCGUAGCCAAUCAGUGGGUGGUCUCUGCUGCUCACUGCUUUCUAGAAGAUGGUGAAUAUAAAGUUCUACUGGGUGCCUAUCAGCUCUCAAACCCCUCAACCAACAUGCUGGAUUCUAGUGUGCAAAAGGUUUUCUCACACCCUGACUACAAUGGCCAUGAUGGCUCCCCCGGUGACAUUGCUUUAGUCCAGCUGACCUCCCCAGUGAAUUUCACUGACUACAUCCUCCCUGUCUGCCUGCCAGAUGCCUCCAUACAGUUCUCCUCAGAAUCAAACUGCUGGGUCACUGGGUGGGGACAAACUCAAGAAAACGUGAAUUUGGGGGCUCCAGGGACUCUUCAGGAACUGCAGGUGGAUUUCAUAACCCGAGACACAUGCAAUGCUCUCUAUAACACAAACCCAACAGCUGAAAUUGGCACGAAUCCUAUCCUGCCUGACAUGAUCUGCGCUGGUUACUCCGAAGGUGGAAAAGAUGCCUGCUGGGGUGACUCUGGGGGACCCUUGGUUUGCCAACUCAAUGGAAUUUGGAACCUGGCUGGGGUUGUAAGCUGGGGGGAUGGUUGUGCCAGGGCCAAUCGCCCCGGUGUUUACACUUCAGUGACUUACUACGCUGGUUGGAUCCAAGCAACAAUGGAUGAUGGACUGACCAGCACACCCGCCAUCACCCUUCUCUUGGUGUCUCUUGCAGUAGCCCUCUUGUGA